CGAUGCAGUGUGCACGGGCAGCCACCUCUUCGCUCACACGCGCAGCAACCGCACCGCGCCCCGCCGCCCUCGCCUCGCGGUUGGCCUCAUCUCCCUCGCCGCUCGCGUUCCCGCCGCACCUCCGCACCUACGCCACAAAGCCCCAAGAUGCGACCCAGGAGAUGCAGGAGAAGCAGCUCAGGCUGUCGGAAAAAAUGGGGCGCAUGAAGCAGGGCAUGGGCUCGCUCUCCGUCAACAUCGUCUUCGCGAACCACAUCCGCCCAGCAGAAGGCCGCGUCCUCCCGCCCGAUGCCACCUUUGCCGACAAGCGCAAGUACGCCUGGUUCGACAUGCAGAACUGGGGCUACUCGCUGUACACGCGGUACGGCUGGCGCAAGCUGCUCGGGUCCGACUGGCACAAGCAGUUCGAGGAGCGCACCCUCGCCGCGUACCAGGCCAUGAACCAGGCCCUCGCCAUCGGCAACUACGACCGUCUGCGACAGUACGCCGCCACGUCGGUCGUCGAGGCCAUCAAGGCGCAGCGGACACGCAAGCUGCAGGGCCUGCGCCUCAGCUGGAAGCUGCACCGCGUCGUCGAGCAGGAGAUCGUGUGUGCGCGCCAGCAGGAGAUCUUCAAGAAGGACGAGUACGUCGGCCAGGCCGUCGUGCGCUUUGUCACGGAGCAGAGUCUCGAGGUGCGCGAUGCGCAAGGUCGGCGGGUCGGGACUGGGUCGCAUGAGCGACCAGAGACGGUGACCGAGUACUGCAUCUUCCAGCGCGACAUGUGGCGACCGGACGACAACUGGAUGUGCAUCAAGCGGCAGGCGAGGGAGACGGACACGCUCGCCAACCCGGCCGACCAGCCGUGAGCGAGGUCGUCGUCAGGGUCGGAGGCGGGGCGCAUUGAGCAGUAGAAGGCGGUGUGCAAGUCGCAUCUUCCAGCAG